UAUCUGUUAUCAUUUCUGUUUAACAACCAGUAGUUUUCAGUUACAGAGACAAGGUUAGUCUUGUACUCGUUCUUGGUUGAUUAUCAAAUAAUUGGCUUGCGGCUUGAUGGAGGACUCAUGCGCAAUCAAGAACAAUGUCACUGAAUUAAUCGGAAAUACCCCAAUGGUAUAUCUCAACAACGUUGUGGACGGUUGUGUAGCCAAAAUUGCUGCCAAGCUAGAGAUAAUGGAACCUUGCUCUAGCGUAAAAGACAGGAUCGCAUAUAGCAUGAUCAAGGAUGCAGAGGAUAAGGGUCUAAUUACGCCAGGGAAGACUGUUCUUAUUGAGCCUACAAGUGGCAACACUGGCAUUGGAUUGGCAUUCAUUGCCGCAACCAAGGGCUACAAGCUUAAGCUAAGCAUGCCAUCUAUAGUGAGUCUUGAAAGAAGAAUUGUGCUCCGAGCUUUUGGAGCUGAGGUCUUCAUCACAGAUCCUGCUAAGGGAUUUAAGGGAGUUCUUGCUAAGGCAGAUGAGCUGCUAUGCAACACACCUAAUAGCUUUAUGCUUCAACAGUUUGAAAACCCUGCCAAUCCAGAGGUUCAUUAUGAAACCACUGGCCCAGAGAUAUGGAGAGACUCGGGAGGGAAAGUUGAUGUCUUGGUUUCAGGGAUAGGGACUGGGGGUACUGUAACCGGUGCAGGGGGUUUCCUCAAAGAGCAAAAUCCAGAUAUCAAGGUGUAUGGUGUAGAACCAGCUGAAAGUGCAAUAUUGAAUGGUGGCAAACCUGGGAUGCAUCUGAUCCAAGGAAUUGGUGCUGGUUUCAUACCUCAAGUUCUGGAUGUUAGCUUGCUGGAUGAAGUUAUUCAAGUAUCCAGUGAGGAAGCAAUUGAAACUGCUAAGCUGCUUGCACUAAAAGAAGGUCUUUUGGUGGGAAUUUCAUCUGGUGCUGCUGCAGCAGCAGCAAUAAAGUUGGCAAAGAAGCAAGAAAAUGCUGGAAAACUGAUAGUUGUUGUGUUCGCCAGUUCUGGAGAGCGCUACCUGUCUUCGCCACUCUUCGAUACCAUUAGGCAUGAGGCAGAAAAUAUGAAGUUUGAAUGAUAGUGUUGCUGUGGUUCAUAAAAUGCUUUACUUAUGUUAGGUUCCUUUGGCAAUUGGAAUAAAUAAGGAAAUUGUACGAGUCUGCAAGGAAAUAUGACCCUAUAUAGUGGUACUUAUGCCUUGCCUUCAUAGAACAUUAGCAUUCUAUAUCAGAACUGUAAAGAUUCUAUAACUUAAGGCCUGAUAUGUAAUCAGAGACCAGUUUUUAAAUAUGUACUUCUAUUAAUGAAAAGACCAUGCAUUUUGCUGGUUAAGAAUUGAAAGACCAGAUAAUUAUUAGAUGAACACUUGUUUCUUA